AUGUUCGGCGCGAUUGUUGCGGGCCGCCUGGUCCAGACAAACCUGCAGCGCAUCGACGACACGCACUUUGUGUUCACCCUCGAGAGACCGUAUGACAUCAAUCACCUUACCGUCUUCCUAACUGGCGAGAUGCCCUUCCCCGACGGAUAUGGAGCGACGGUACACUUUGCCUGGCCGGGGGGCGAGUAUUUCCUGCUCGGGACCCUCACAAACGCCCGCCCAUCGGCCAUCUACAAGGUCCGCGGACACCUCCCACCAGGCGUCGCGCCUGGAACUGUCGCAAACGCGCCCGCGCAGCUCGGUAUCGAGGUGGCUACUCUUGGGGCGGUCGAGACGGCCGCGCAGGCUAGCGCGGUGCAGACUGGGAAGGGUCGCGAGGUGGCGCAGCGCGUCGAUGUCAGUCUGGUGGCGCAGAAGAUUGUCAAGAAUCUCUUCAACUACCUCCACUCGUUCGGCGGCGACGUCAAGCUCACGCCCGACACGCCCAUCCCACUCUCCGUCUUUCAGCGCUGGUACGACAACUUCAACCGCAAGAUCACCAACGACUCUGGCGCGGCCUUCCUCGACCGCGAAGACUAG